AUGUCACCACAAACAGAGACUAAAGCAAGUGUUGGAUUCAAAGCUGGUGUUAAAGAUUAUAAAUUGACUUAUUAUACUCCUGAGUAUGAAACCAAGGAUACUGAUAUUUUGGCAGCAUUUCGAGUAACUCCUCAACCUGGAGUUCCGCCUGAAGAAGCAGGGGCCGCAGUAGCUGCCGAAUCUUCUACUGGUACAUGGACAACUGUGUGGACCGAUGGACUUACGAGCCUUGAUCGUUACAAAGGGCGAUGCUAUGGAAUCGAGCCUGUUCCUGGAGAAGAAAAUCAAUAUAUUGCUUAUGUAGCUUACCCAUUAGACCUUUUUGAAGAAGGUUCUGUUACUAACAUGUUUACUUCCAUUGUAGGUAAUGUAUUUGGGUUCAAAGCCCUGCGUGCUCUACGUCUGGAAGAUUUGCGAAUCCCUACGACAUUAGUGAUAAAGAAUUAG